CGCACGGCCGACCCGCGAUCGUGGUCAACCAGGGCCAGCAGACGGAGUUGCCCUGCGAGACACGCAACCCGACCUUCAACAGCACACAGCAUGCGCUGCGAGUCGAGUGGUUCCACCUGGGACCCCACCGGAGAGCCCAGCACAGCCAGUCGUCAUCUUCAGGGGCUGCCUCAGGCAGUGCUUCCAGUCAACCUAUCUACACGGUGGACUUCGGGUCACCCAAGGAUUCCGCUGGAAAACCCACCACCGGAACUAGAGCCAAUCUACUGCAGGUGGUCCGCUGGGCACGUCCCGAGUGGCAGGGCAGGGCCUACUUCCACAUGGUGGGCUACCCGUUCUCGCUGAAGGUGACGGGACUGCGGUACGAGGACACCGGCGAGUACGUCUGUGUCGUCACUUUCCGGGACGGCACCGGCCGCAACGCCAGCGUGCGCCUACAGGUCGUCGUGCCACCGGAGCUGCCCGUGAUCGUGGACGAAUCCGGACGCAGCCUGCACGGCACCGUUGGACCUUACGACGAAGGCUCUCGCCUUACGCUCCUGUGCCGGGUCAAAGGAGGAAAGCCGUCUCCAGUGCUCACAUGGAAGCGGAACGGCAGCGACUUCCCGACCAAGACGCUGACUUCGGUCGCCGGAGACGUGAAGCAGUCCAAGCUGACGCUGUCCUCGCUGCAGAGGAACGACCUCAUGGCCACGUACACGUGUGUCUCCUCCAACAACGUGUCCACUCCCAUGGAGGUCUCUGUCACACUGGAACUGAACCUGGCACCGACGUCGGUGCAGAUCCGCAAGAGCGAAGCUCCCAUCUCGUCGGGCCUCACAGCCGAGAUCCUGUGCGAGGUCUGGGGUUCGCGUCCGCCACCGGAGAUCACGUGGUGGAAGAGCAGCGAGCAGCUGAACCAGACCUUCGUGCACGUGUCGCAGGACGGGAACCUGACCACCAGCGUGGUGGCGUUCUCGCCUCAACGCUCCGACAACGGUCAGAUGCUGGUGUGCCGAGCGCAGAACCCGCGCCUAAGGAACAGCGCCCGCGAGGACCAGUGGGAACUCAGCGUUCACUACAAACCGAGGGUACAGCUCCGCCUGGGCCACCAGAUGUCGUUCGACAACAUCCGCGAAAGGACGGACGUCACCUUCCAGUGCGUGAUCGACGCGAAUCCGCCGGUCGAAGAGGUGCAGUGGAUGUUCAAUGGCCGAGAGUUGCGGCCCGCUCCCACAGCCGCAGAGAUGCUCGGCGCGAAGCGGCCCACGCGCAACAACCUCGUCAUUCGCAACAUCGGCACGAGCCACUCGGGAAACUACUCUUGCCUGGGAGCCAACUCUGAAGGCGUGGGCUCGAGCGCUGAAGUCAACAUACACGUCAAACACUCUCCGGUGUGCCGAUCGCACCAGCGUGUGGUCUACACGGCUGCACGCGCCGAGGAAGUGGACGUGUCCUGCGAGGUGGAGGCCCACCCGGCAGCGGUCACUUUCCUCUGGCUUUUCAACUCGAGCCUCCAGAGCCACCAGCUCGACUCGGUCCACUGGAACGGCACCCAGAGCACGGCGCGCUACGCGGCGCAUUCCACCGACGAUUACGGCACGCUCCUGUGCUGGGCCCGCAACGAGGUGGGACGCCAGGAGCAGCCGUGCGUCUUUCUGGUCGUGCCCCAGGGCACACGACUUCAGCUUUCCGACGAGACCCUGCUGACGAUGCUUAUCUCUGCGGUCACGGUUCUCUUCCUGCUCCCGCUGUGCAUCAUAAUUGCGCUUCGGCUGCGUAACAAGAGAAAUGACGAGGAAGAGGGCCCGGAGACGCCAAAGAGCAGCAAUCACCACCAGUCGCAGCAGCAGCAGCAGUCGCAGCCCCACGCGGGCUCCAAGUCGGGCUGCGGCAAAGGGGCCCACAGCAACGGCAAGGCGGACGACUACUGGAUCAGCCGCGAGACGACCACGUAGCGGGAGAGCCCGGAGUCACCGUCGCCCGCUGCCGUGGCCUACGCAGCGGCUUCGGCGACUCCCGAGCGCGCCGUCGAGCAGCAGCCGCCCAUGUCCGUACCGCCGUGCUGGUGGUCGGACACGUCGGCGCGCCACAUGACGCUCACCACGGCGGUGACUGCACCGGGCCACACACCUCCCGAGCGAGAAGCCGUGGCGCUGGCCUCGUUCCACGCGGGCCAGCCACCGCCACAGCGGCGGUUGCCGCAGCACCUGCACCUCGUGCCGCACAUGCCGCUGCACGAGCUCGAGCUGCAUCGGCGGUUCCAGCAGCAACAGCAGCAGCAUCAGCAACAGGCCGCUUGUGUCAUGUCGGCCAGAGUGGCGGCUACACACGGGGGCGUUGACACCGGUUACGGUGUCUGAGAAACAAGGUGCCUUAUGCGUUUAUUCUGAAGUAUUACUGCCGCUCAAGAAGCUCCUUUCCUGUGUGCACUAUUCCAUCAUCCAUGAUGAUUUCUUCUGCUGUUACCUUUCAAAGAACACCGCGGAAGUCUCCCCCUCAUCAAAAAAAGAUCUACGAAGAAGGCAUCUUGCAUGGCAUAUCUACGGACGACAAUUGUAAACAAGCAUCUGCUUUGAAGUGCUCAUCUGUGCGCAGUGAACUAGCGAUUCAAAUCGACUAAUGGAGUGCCGAACCACUGCGGUGACAGACGUUCCUUUUUUUGGAGCUUCAUCAACAGAACUGAAACGAGCUCCAGGAAAGUGUUGCCGUGUGUGUGGAUUAGGAAACGAGGACAGCUACGUAAAAAAAAAAAACUAUGACAAAAAAAAACACCUUCGUAAGGUGCCCGCACUUUGUUUCACAACUGUUCCCUUUCCCCUUCUGUAGAGCGCGUCAUGAAAGAAAGAAUAGGCAGCAAAAAAAUCACCGAAAAGUUCCCUGUGAGAUUGUGUUUAACAUGUGAAUUUAUGUUUGGAAAUUUUAAGUUCAUAGACAACACGCGUUUGUUCAAUAACAUUUUAGUGACAUGCGCAAUUUCCCCAUCUCAUCGCGUUUUUGGCGUCGAAUUUUGUUUUGGGUAUAUUGUAUAUAUGUUUCCGUGCAUACCUGGACGCAAUUACCGAACUGACUACCGGUGCUGUAUAGACGUAGGUAGAACUUUGUGUGUGUGUUUUUUCUAGUGUCAGCGGACUAGACUUCAUCUUCUUCACUAAUCAAUAGGAUGUUCAUCAGACAGUCUCUAUCACCGGCCCUACGCAACGGUACAUAAUAUAUAACUUAAUUUAUGCAUGCAAAUUUCCGUUUAUAAACAAAGAAGGUGAACCUCCUUAUGCGAAGCUAACUUUACAAACAAUAUAAACUAUCUUAUGAUGCGCGCUCUGUUGUAAGUAUUGCUGUUUUAAAAGAUUAUAAUGAAUUAAAAUUAAAAGAUUUG